CUAUCACGGGCCUUUUCGGACCUCACCAUGGGUUGGUUUCAGUAUAAUCCAGCAGUAAUAGCGUCAUAAAAUGAGGUUCUAUCUAUUGCAACUUUCGUUUAUUUUUCAUUUACCCCCGUUCUUUUUGUGGUGUGAGCGCCGAGAGCCGAAUCAGCCGCACGAAGCUGAUUAAAAUUUUAGCGUUUAUUUGAUCUUGGUACUGCCGCAAUUCCCAGCUGGUAGGUUGCGCAUGCGCACUAUUUGCUGCCGCUUUCCUGCCGUUUUAUUAAUUUUUAAUGGAAAUGGCUGCCUUUCUCAUCUAAAGCCCUCUGGUACGGGGAAAAAGCACAAACCGAAAAAUCUAGUCAGUGGCUCGAUUGUCCUGGUUUUCUUUAGACACGCUACAAAAUUUUCAGGCCGACCGCUUGCUGCUCUAAUCAAGAACAAUGAAUCUGCUGUAGAAAUAAAAGGAUGGAAGAUAUAUCGUUCUUAUGUUUAACCCUUUGCAUUCCAUGAUCCAGACAAUCGAGAGUAAAAUGAUGCGUGGGGUGGGCAGCAGCGAUUACUGCAUGAGUGGCCGCGCCUCCUGUCUGGGCGAAGACAGCGCGCACCAUGCCAGUAGCCACUAUGACCUGUGCACCUCACAGUCCAACAAGUUCUACCCUCCUGCCCCACCGCCCCCCCUUCAGCUUUCCCUCCCACCACUGCCCCCGCUACCGCAGAACCCCCUGAAGUCCAUGUCAUGUCAGAGGCAAGAUUCCCGCAAUGAGCUGCACCCCCAGUCCAUGGUGGGCAAGAACCCUGAGCAGCCAGAGGACUCCAAGAAAAAGAAAGUUCCGGGCCGAUCGGGAAGGAGGGGCCGGCCUGCGGGGACCACCAAGUUGGCGGGCUACAGAACCAGCACAGGCCGGCCACUGGGGACUACCAAAGCAGCAGGGUUCAAAACCAGCCCCGGCAGGCCCCUGGGCACCACCAAGGCGGCGGGGUACAAGGUGAGCCCCGGAAGACCUCCUGGCAGCAUCAAGAACCUCUCGCGCCUCAAUAAACUGGGCUUCAGCGCCUGCAGUGGAGCAGCUUUCCCCUACACUGCCAUACCGAAGAGGGGCCCCUGCGAGGCCACAGUGCCCGAGGAGAAGGACCCCACCCAGUAAAUUAGACUUUCCUAUUGGCUGAGAGCGUGGCGUUGCGCAACCUGCUCUGAGUAUGGGGGCAUCUUACUUUACUAACUCCUGGUCAGAAAGGGAGGAGCUAUCGUUUGAUUGGCAUGUACAUCAACCGUGUGUCUGCCUCAGCCAGUCAUGUUUUUCUUACAAGUAUACUGUACCUGAAACAUGUAAAAAACAAAAAAAAAAGAAAGAAAGAAAGAAAAAAAAAUCUGUAGUCAUUGUUUUUGCAUUAGAAAUAUGUUGCCACAGGACUUCCAGUAGCUAAUUCACAUUCUCGUUUCAUUGCAAAGCUGUGUGUUGCUGCUGGUUUAUUUAACACCCUAAUUUAUUCGUUUUCUGUGUCUCUUGCCUGAGCUGACUUUCAGUUACACACUGACAUUUGCAUAAUUACAAACUUAGUUCCCAAAAUAAAUAAAAAAUAUUUUCACAUCUAUAUUUUAGAAAAGGCAAAGACACCUAAUUGAAGUUCAGCUCCAUGAAUUUGAGGAGACAGAAAUAUGUAGUUUAUGGGAAGUCGAUUUAUUUUCUUUUCUUUUUUUUACUGUGGAGUGAAAUGGUGAUCACGUAUAUAUUGUACACCACAAGGAGACCCAUGUUAUGCCCCAUAUUUGAGGUCAGGGAAGCUCCUAACUAUAGGAAAACAAUAGAGGAAACUUAUUUCAUGCUUUUGUAUCUAUUCUGUCACUUCGGGGGUUAGUGAAUGACCAAAUGGCAGGGCAUAGUGAGUUUGCAUUCAUCUUUGUGUGUGUGUGUAAAAAACACUUAUGUACUUAAGUGUGUUGUUCAUGUUUUAACCUUUUGUUAUAUAUGUGUUUUCUGCACUAGAAUACAACCACUGUUUCUCCCUCAGGAGUAAUGAUGCUCUUGGAGAAUAGCAGUGCAUUUUUUAAUGUUUUUAAAUAAUCACAGAAAAAUACAGUAAUCUGAAUACUCGCUUUAUUUCACUUAAUGGCCUAAUUUCCAUGCACCUUCAGUCCUGUGGCAUCACUUUUGAGUGCAAUAUGUCUGGUGAUUUCUUUUCUUGUCUUACAUACAAAUAUUCUUAUUGCUGAAAGCUUUGUACAUUACUAUGGGCUUUCUCCUCAAAUAACUCUUCUAACCAUUUUUUUUUCUUGUUGUUUUGUUUUGUCUUUGUAAAGGGUUAACAGAUUUGUGAAUGAUAAACACACUGCAGAAUAAGAUCAUUAAAAAUCCUCAUUAAAAGUUUAAACACCUGUAAUCUGUGAAACUCUAGCUUUCACAGUGUAGUUGCCUCUCAACCAAAGAAUCCGGUCCUAUCUGCCUUCUCCUCGCCUUGCUGUUCUCUGCAUGGUGGUUAGGAGAGGGCUGUCGAAAUAGCUGGACAAACCCUUUAGCUCACACAGUUCAUUACUUUUCUUAAAGGGUUAACAAAAACUUUUAUUCCUGUGGUCUUGAGCAUUUUGUCUUAUUUAUAUAAUUGAUACACACAGUAUUGUUGAAAACUUUUAAGGCACCUGUACAGUUUUUAGUCAUUUGAGCUUUUAAAAAUUCUGGCUUGUAAUCAUUGACAUGAACCCUUGUGAUGUGGAAAAGUAGUGUCCCUUUUAUUUUGGCUUUUCUGUUGAGCUGCCUUUUCCUGUGCUUGUAAUUAGCAGUGUCAUACUUGAUACAGAAUGCAUAUACACAUAUAUAUUUUUUAUUAAUAUUUGUCAGCAGUCUUAAAGGAGGAUAGGCUUUGUCUUCAGCCUGACAUUAUGUUCUACAAACUGGUUUAUUUUAAUUUGCUCUGUGUUUCUUCCUUAACCAAUGAUACUGAACACCUACUGUUAGCAGAGUGUCAAUAUUAACCAUUUGUCAAUAUCAUCUAAGAUCAGCUGUGAUUUGUCUUUCACGGAAACACAACUGCUUAUCAGAUAUACAAUAUAUUGAUAAUCAUAUGAUAAUCAUAUGUAUUGGUUUACAGAAGUAGGUAAAAUUUUGAACAAUCUACAAAAAAAUAAUGAGCAUUUACACCUGGGGUUAAAUACACAAUAGCCAAAAAAAAGUAGACAUUCCUGCUAUUCUUUCACUUUUAGGAACUCUUUUGUGGUGUUAUAAUGUGGUGUACACAGCUGAUCAGGCAAGGCCUGUUGGCAGUCAUUUCAAACCUUUUUUACAGUUGAUCAUUUAAGAAUUUAGCUCCAUGUCUUAACAGAAAACUGAGACAUGAAUAAGCCUCAAUGUAUGUGAGCAGAGCUAAAAUAGACUUUACUGGCAGUGAGGCAAUGUAAGGUAAUGUUUCUGCAGAAACAUUGGAAGUUGUACUGUGAAAAUGAUGUGAUAUUAUUUGCAAGACUAUGUACUUUUUAAACGUUUAACAACAUCCUUUCUCAUAUUUUGACAAUUCUUGCAGUAGCCACUGUUUACCACCAGUUUUAGUUCCUUUCCUCCAUUAUGUUUUUAUGUUUCCGGAACAGACACAUAAAAAUUUUAACUCACACUUUGUAUCACUCUGAUGGGACAUAGUUUGAAAUGAGGUCCAGUCAUCACAAUGGUCUAAUCACACAGAUAACAUUUGAACAUGUAUUUUUGUUUAUUUUUUUGUGCAUGACUGUAAAAUGUGUAGAGAAGUUGUGUAAUAAACUUUACAUGGACAUGUA